CAGCACAACAGUACUGAUGUCAGGUCAACCUUUACUGUCUCCUUCAGAAAGUUCGCUUUGUCGUCUCAUAACUGACACCAUAACAUACUUCUCCAAACGUGAGCCCAAAACAUGGGAACACUCUGUAUUAUUUACGUGAUACUUUUGGGAACAUUCUUACAGUGUUCCUUAUCUGGAGAUGAAAACCUUGCAUUGCAAAAACCAACUGCUGCAAGUUCCCUCCGGAAUUCGCCAGCUCGGGCUGUUGACGGUAACGCUGAUCCUGACUGGCACCCUGGUGACUCUUGUUUUUCUGUUGCACUCGGAGAUUUGCAUCCAUGGUGGCAAGUCGACCUCGAAGGAUACUACACAAUCGGGGCAGUCAAGAUAACAAACAGAGGGGAUUGCGAUUGUUAUGAGAGACUCCGUAACUUUGCAGUCAACCUCUAUUCCAACAACCCGGUUACAUACCCAGGACAGGCUCCCAAGACAUGCUACUACCACGCUGGGCCUGUUGCAAGAGGAGCAACGGUCACUUUGUCCUGCAUCAAACCCGUUCGUGGAAGAUUUCUGAGGCUGGAUGGCGAUGCAGGCAUUCCCGGUGAAGACAACCAGUUCACAGUGUGUGAAGUGCAGGUCUUUCAGGCUAAAUGGUUAUCAUGUUCACGGUUUUCAGCUAACAUCAACCAACGCUUCCCAACGGACGUUUCAUCAGCUGCGGCUAUGCCUCAGUGUGCAAAUGAUUGCACCCAAAAUAACACCUGUAUCGGAUUCAACUACAAGUCGGCAACAAGCACAUGCGAACUUGUUUCCCCAUCACCCGCAUCUUCCCAAAAUGCUACAGGAUGGAAACACUUUGAAAGAAAUUUCUGUUGAAGUUUUUUCCUCCCUCCUAAACAUCCUGCAGGUCGACCCGUGAAGAUCCGGGUUAGAAUUAGCCUGCAGCAAACACAUGCUUGUCGUAAGAGGCG